GCGAAAGGAGAAUUAAUCAACCACAAUGUGACCGUGCAGGCGAAAAAAACGAGCUCACAAAGCACACGGCCGCGUGGGGGGAAGGGAUACCGAUCUAGCACAUGGACCCAAUGCAAGGGUGCAAAGGACACACGGGAGCCUUCUGCUGAGUUGUAGCGAAUAUUAUGUGAAGAAAAGUCCGCAUUUCCUCCCUGAAGUUGGAAUCUCUUUCCUUGUGGAAGUGAAAGCUCUGUCGUCGGCGCGCACACACUCGUAUUAAGAGUGUGGCACUCCCUUUAUAUAAACCUCAUACGUUGAGGUGAGGCUAAGAUGAGUAUAACCAGUGACGAAGUGAACUUCUUGGUUUAUAGAUACCUCCAGGAAUCAGGCUUCUCCCACUCAGCGUUCACGUUUGGUAUUGAAAGCCACAUCAGCCAGUCUAACAUAAAUGGGACACUAGUGCCCCCUGCUGCUCUCAUUUCCAUUCUUCAGAAAGGCUUACAGUAUGUGGAAGCAGAAAUCAGUAUCAACGAGGACGGCACAGUUUUCGACGGCAGGCCGAUCGAAUCGCUGUCGCUCAUCGACGCGGUGAUGCCCGAUGUGGUCCAGACUCGGCAGCAGGCUUUCCGGGAGAAGCUGGCCCAGCAGCAGGCUGCCGUGGCUGUGGCCACAGCUGCUGCCCAGCAGAACGCACCAAAGAACGGGGAAGCUACUGUGAAUGGAGAAGAGAACGGGGCGCAUGCAAUUAGCAAAGAUAACCAUACGGAGGCCAUGGAGAUUGAUGGUGAUGUCGAGAUUCCAGCGAACAAGGCUACAGUCCUGAGAGGGCAUGAGUCGGAAGUCUUUAUCUGUGCCUGGAACCCUGUCAGUGACCUUCUGGCAUCAGGGUCUGGUGACUCCACUGCACGUAUAUGGAACUUGAAUGAGAACGGAAGCAGUGGCUCCACUCAGCUGGUUCUCAGGCACUGUAUAAGAGAAGGUGGGCAGGACGUCCCAAGCAACAAGGAUGUCACCUCCUUGGACUGGAACAGUGAUGGAACACUUUUAGCAACAGGAUCGUACGAUGGCUUUGCAAGGAUAUGGACAAAGGAUGGUAAUCUUGCAAGCACUCUGGGUCAGCAUAAAGGUCCUAUUUUUGCCCUGAAGUGGAACAAGAAAGCAAACUGCAUUCUCAGUGCGGGAGUGGACAAGACAACAAUCAUCUGGGAUGCGCACACAGGAGAGGCUAAGCAGCAGUUUCCAUUCCACUCAGCGCCUGCCCUCGAUGUGGACUGGCAGAACAACACAACCUUUGCCUCCUGCAGCACAGACAUGUGCAUUCAUGUGUGCCGGCUGGGCUGCGAUCGGCCAGUCAAAACCUUUCAAGGACAUACGAAUGAAGUUAAUGCAAUCAAGUGGGACCCAUCUGGCAUGCUGCUUGCAUCCUGCUCAGAUGACAUGACGCUGAAGAUCUGGAGCAUGAAGCAGGACUCCUGUGUGCACGACCUCCAGGCCCACAGUAAGGAAAUCUACACCAUCAAAUGGAGCCCAACUGGCCCGGGCACCAACAGUCCCAACUCCAAUAUUAUGCUAGCCAGUGCUUCCUUCGACUCCACUGUCCGUCUGUGGGAUGUAGAAAGAGGAGUCUGUAUCCACACUUUAACCAAACACCAAGAACCAGUAUACAGUGUGGCCUUCAGCCCAGAUGGCAAGUACCUGGCAAGCGGAUCCUUUGACAAAUGUGUGCAUAUAUGGAACACAAUGAGCGGGUCCCUGGUUCACAGCUACAGAGGGACUGGGGGAAUCUUUGAGGUGUGCUGGAAUGGCACAGGGGACAAGGUUGGGGCUAGUGCAUCCGAUGGAUCCGUCUGUGUUCUUGACCUUCGAAAAUAGUGAUCUGGCAGUAUUUAAUUAAGAUGGACCAUCAGUGAUCAAUGUUGGAAGAAACAUUCUCCAUUCUGUAACAACAGCUUCAGAACCAGUAGAAAACAUUGCUGUGAACCAUAUUUACACCACUCAACUAUCCUCCUUGGCAACUGGAUUCAACUGUUCUCUGGUGAACCUUGUUGAGUGAAGAGAAAAGAGGUGCAGGAAAGAAAAAGAAGCGAUUCUGUGGAGAGAAACAGUUUUUGCUUGGUAAUGGGAGAACAUAGCAAGGACUGUAAAAGGUGUGCCAAAAAAGAGAAAAUGUAUAAACCAAAACAAAGGAAAAAAAAGUUGCCCUUCUAAAUGUGGAUCUCUGUUCAUAUAUUUGGACACUACUGUCAAUUUCCCAAAGGAUUUCAGUAAACCUGUAACAUCAAAACCGCCUGUUUUCUGUACAACAUGGUUCUGCACUGUUUGAUAGAAGCUGGAAUAAGACGUAGAAUCCCGAGAUGCUUUCGGCCUUGGCAUUUGAAUGGAUAAAAUCUUUUCUGUUAUCUGUUCUUCUAGCUGGGGAGUGAAGAGCGGAGUGAAAAGAUGUAAAACAUUCAAUAGGUGGUUAAUCUUUCCUCGCUUAUAGGUCUUGAUAUCUCUAGAGCACUUAAGAAAACUCUAAGAAUAAAAAGUGCUUUGACACAAUAUUCCUGUGCACAAGGAGCUUUAUACAGGGAAAUGUCAUACAAGGAAAGAACGCAGUGUAUUUUUUGAAAAAAAAUAAAAGUGUAUAAUUUUUUAUGUAAAACAUGAGUUUUGGAGACAGAAUGGGCUAAACAAGGACAGACUGCUUUCUUUCAAAAAGUCACUUGGGGUGACUCAAACUGAAUACAGACACGUUUUUAAAGCUGCAGUAUCCUUCUUAAACGGAACUAUCGUUCACAGGAUGCAAUGUAAACCUUUUUUUUCUAAAUUGUAAAUGUUAUCAAUGUAGGCCUCAAGAUUUUUCACUGGACUUCAGAGGUUUGGACAGGCACUGUUUAAGGUUUAUUUAAUGAAAAAUGUUCAAAUUACAUCUUCAGACUACCUUUAAUUUGUGCAAGUUCAUUUCAAAGUUAAUAUUAAGAUAAGAUAAACUGCAAUACAAAACUCAGUAUUGUUUAUAAAGUUUUUUUUUUCAUGUAAUGCUUUUGAAUAACUUGAAGUUAAAUAAAACUGAAAAACAUCCUUUUAACUUUUCAAUGGAAACAUUUAUUACCAC